CGCCUUAAUGCUUGGAAAUCGCGCUGGCAGCGCUGCAUCGACGCAGAAGGAGCCUAUUUUGAAAGUUUUUAAAGAAUUGUAAAGAUUGGCUCAAUAAAUUUUUUUAAAACGACUCAGUCCUAUUACUUUCCUGUAUCUCUUAAUAGAUGUGGUAAAAUGUUUUCCAAAAAGUCCAUAUAAACUUGUCUGCUUAAUGUAGCAUUGAAAAAAUGUGGCCCUGUAACAAAAUUGCCAAUUAUGUCACUCCAGACGUUUAAUGACCAUCUUUCCUGGCUGUGCAUUAACAUCGCAUAGGGCUGAUGGCUGGAAUUUUAGUGGAAAUUGUGACACAUCGAUUUUUAUGGAAAGUUGAUUCGUUGCCGAACAGAACAUUUUCAAAAAAACCUUGGUCACGUCCUCACUUAGCUCUUGGUGCAAUUAUAUAUGAUAUGGCUGUAAAUGUUUAUGCCACAAAUGUCACAACCGAAAAUUUGUCUCGCCAUGAUAUGCUGGCAUGGGUAAAUGAAUGCUUGCAAAGCAAUUUUGGCAAAAUUGAAGAACUAUGUACUGGUGCAGCAUACUGUCAGUUUAUGGAUAUGCUUUUUCCUGGAUCAGUCCAGCUGAAAAGGGUGAAGUUUCGGACAAAUUUGGAACAUGAGUACAUUCAGAAUUUCAAGAUACUGCAGGCUGGCUUCAAGAAAAUGAACGUGGACAAGAUCGUGCCUAUCGACCGACUGGUGAAGGGCCGCUUCCAGGACAACUUCGAGUUUUUGCAAUGGUUCAAGAAAUUCUUCGACGCCAACUAUCGCGGCACCGAGUACGACGCGUUGGCCUGCCGCGGCGGCGAAACGCUCGGCAACGGCGGAGCGAACGCGCCUAGAGGCAUCGCUGGCGGCCCCAAAAAGGGGCCGGCGCUGACGCGAAUGUCGCCCGGAGAGACGGGCGGAGGCCACGCCCCCGUGCAGAAGACCAAACCAAUUGGCAGGGCGAGUACGUUGCAACGGAGCGUGCCCAAGGUGAAUGCAGUCAAGCCACAAGCUUCUAAGCCCAUUAGCAACAGAAUGGCUGGAGAUGGUGGCAAAGUGGAAGAAUUAGCAAAUCAGCUGCAAGAGUGUAAGUUGACGAUUGAUGGAUUGGAGAAAGAGAGGGACUUUUAUUUUGGAAAACUCCGCGACAUCGAGGUGAUGUGCCAGGAAAAUGAGGAUGAGAAUCCAAUCAUCCAAAAAAUAUUAGAUGUCUUAUAUGCAACCGAGGAAGGCUUUGCUCCUCCCGAUGAGGUGGAAGGUGGUGUGGGUGACGAAGACGAAUAUUAAUGUAAAUCCUGUUAAGACCACUAAGUUAUUAAAAAAGAAAUUAGCAACAACGGUUUAAUUAUCGUAAUUCAGUUAAGUUUAUUCAGAUAUUUUUAUACGUGUGUUGCUUCAAUGUGUGAGAUAAGUUGUUAACUGUUCGGCUCCGAUGUCUAGUGCUACAUUUUUACUGUUACUUUUACUUUUGCUCUAUAUACACGAAAUUAUUUCAGUAAAACGUAUUUUUAACUCUUGUUCCUCCAUUUGCAAAUUCAUAUUUAAUUACAAUAAGCCUCCAAUCAACUAUGAAGUAGAUCUAAUGAGAAAUAGUGAUUUCACAUGUUUGCAUCAUUGACGUUAGGCUUAAAUUUUCAAGUUGUCAGUAGAACUUGCAAUAAUGAGAAUAAGCUAUAUAGCUAUAUUUUAAUUUAUGUUAGCUGCGUGGAUUGCUAGCAUUAAUUUCAAUACGGAGUCAGAUGCAACUGACAGACUUGCAAAAGUAUGUGGGACUACAGAAGUUGUGAAAUCUAAACUAUUUUCGAGAUUUAUUGAUGUCUAUUGAGGUACACAUCUGAUCAGCGACAUUUUUGUCUGUAUAUUGACAAUAAUGAACCUGAUGCAAAUCAGCGCUUUAUUCAAAACUGUUCACAUCAAACAUGGAUGAACAGUUAUUUCCACAUAUGUACUUUCAAGUGUGUCGAAACUUUCCUAAUUACUGUAUACAAAAAAUCCACAACACAACAAGACCACACAACAUCAUCCCCUCUUAAUAUGAGUGUUGACACUUGGCGAUAUGAAGUAUUUUGAAUAUCACUAGCUAGUCAGCUGUAAUUUCUUGUCUCGUUUUGAAGGUCUUAUAAGUUCCAAACUAAAGAUGCACAUACUCACCUAGAGCGAACAUGUGCGCAAUAUAGCUUUUUCAAAACAUUUAUGUCGCCCAACGCUUUACAGUUUUUGACUAUAUAUCCAUAGAAUUUGACUACAUCUGAAAGUUUUAAGUUGAUCGUACUUUCAUUGAACUAUACACCCAGAUCCUUAAUUUGGUCAAUUCUUGAGAGAUCACUAUUCGCAUCGUUCAAUUAUCUGCUUUUUUCUUGAAAAUGUCUGAACUUUCCAUUCAGAUACAUUCAAGUACAGCUUAUUAGCUAGGCAUGGAUAUAAUCAAGGUUUUCCUGUAGAAUACAGCACUCUGAGAUAUCAUUAAUUGCUAUGAAGAUUUUCAGUGUAUAAUAAAUUGAAACAAGUUGCAAGAUAGAUCGUUUACAUACAGUAAAAAUAGAAGGGGCCUAAUUUGGAACCUUGUGGAACACCUGAAGCUACAGCUUGAGAUACAAAACCAUUAUAAAAAACAUUGAGACCGAUUUUCGAGAUAUGAUUGAAAGAAAUUGACCAUUCAAUUAUCACAUCCAUAAUUAGAUACUUUGUUUGUCAAAAGCUUUAGAAAAAUCUGUAUAGACCACAUGACCGUGAUUCUCCAAAGUUUUGAAAAACUGCGUGAAAGAAUAAUCAUGCUUAGUAAAGGAAACUUGGCUACAGACCAACGAUAAAUCUGGAUAUACAGAAUCAUUUCAAAUACUUUCGAACAUUUUGGCAAGAUAUGGCUCUAUGGUUUACGAUUUCAUUCAAACGACCACUUUUGGACAUUUUUCCAGGUUGUUGUAAAUUUUGAAGAGCUUAGUGCUAGGUUGAUGAUAACUGUUAAAGGCGCUGCAAAAAAUUGAGCACAGUCUUUUACGAGAAAAGAUGGACUACCAUCUGGAACUGCAGCCAAUUUAUUUUUCAACUUUUCCAUUGUUCACCAUACAUCAUCCUCAGAAACAGUUCGUAAUGUGAAUGAGACUGCUACUGACAUUCUUUGUAUUAACAUUCGAAUCGGAUUUAACAAAAACACUUUGAAAAAAGUGGCAAAAAGACGAACAAUAUCAUGGGGAUCAUUUGAAUUAAUGUAUACAAUGUCUUAAAAAAACAUCAACACAGUCAUCUACAUCUGCAAAAUUGCUCAAUACAGACCAGUCUACAUUCAACAUAGGACAACAUCCGAAAGAACGAUACCUAUUUUGGCAUCUUCUACAUAACCUUGCGUACUUUUGUUAGUUGCAUUUUUCUCCGUAUCAAAGUGCGAUACUAGCGUCGUUCAACGAAAAGGUUUCUACUUAUUCUAUCAACGCAUUAUAUAGGAAGAAAUUUAUAGACAUACAAGGUCUGUCGCAAAGUAAACAGGGCAAAGGAAACAAUGAACAAACAUUUUUUGUUUCGAAAAAUCGAAUUUAUUUUAUUCAAAAUAGUCUCCUUCAGAGUCAAUACAGCGAUUUGUAUGGAUCAAAAGAUCAAAAUGGUCGUCGACGCCUAGUUUACUGAACAGAAAAUAGUCAUACUGUGUCAUAUCAGGAGAAUAUGGGGAGUGGUUGAUGGUUAAAAUGCUAUUUUUUGUCAAUAAAACUUACACAAGCGUCGAUCGAUGAGAUGGGGCAUUAUCGUGCAACAAGCUUCCUUCUUCGCGAUAAUCUGGCCGAACACGACGAAUUCGCGACAGCAAACGCCUCAUAACACCGGGAUAAAACACAGCAUUAACCGUUUGGCCCGGUGGAACGAAUUCUUUGUGAAUAAUUCCCUUCAAAUUGUAGAAACAAAUCAACAUUGUCUUCAGUUUUCCAAACGGCUUUUCUCGGAUUUGGUGCUUCCAUUUGGCACCUUUCUCAUGACCAAAUUCUUGGUCAAAAUGCGAUGGAUUGAAUCUUUCAAGAUAUUUAAUUACAUUUCUAUGUAUCUCCAUGAAGAUUUUGGACCAUUUUUGAUAAAUUCACGCACUUUUUCCACGGUUUCUGCCAUAAUCACACAUUUUGGCUGGUUAACAUGUUCGUCGUCUUCCAGCGACACACGACCCUCUUUGAACCGUGUAAACCACUCGUGGACUCGGCUACUAGAUAAACAAUCAUCACGAUACACUUGCAUCAACAUCUGAUGCGUUUCGGUAAAUGUUUUAACACAGAACUAUCGGAUAUCUUUCAACAGUCCUGUUUACUUUGCUUCAGACCUUGUAAUUUCAUUUGAGAUGAUUUUAUUUAACCUUUGCCCAAAUCUGAUUCUGCAGUUUAUAAAUUUUCUGGCAAUAUUCGAUAUUAUUUGUUUCUAAACAGAAUCGUCUUCUAUUAGUUGAUUGAAUGUUGCAUUUUUUACAAGUAGUCCGCACUUUCAUGCUGGAAACUUGUGGUUGAAUAUGAAAUGAAUGUUCCACAUUUUAGCACAAUUUUUUGCGAGAAUAAAAGUCUGCUAAAAAUUCUUUUUUAAAUUGAAGGGUGUAACGUCUUGUGGUACAUACGCUUGUGUACUAAGUAUAAAUAUUUAUUAAAUGAUUACAUUCA